AUGUCGACGGUGGAAUUCAUACCUUCACAAUUCCCAGACGAUGGCUCGACUGCUGAUGCUCAACUUCUCAAAAACGACGUUACUCUGACAUCCAUAACCACCACUCACGCGCCGCUGGCCGGCGCAGACGAAGACGCCGCUUUCGAGGACGACGUAGCUCGCACUUUCAUUGUCGAGCUUACUGUGCACGAUGAGGACCCCGAUGAGCCUCAGAGGGAUGGCAAGAAGGGUACGUUGGCCGCCACCCAUGACGGCGACGAUGACUACCUCCCUCCCUCUUCGCUUGCACCACCUGAGAAGACACAUCCUCCCCUUCCCAUCACCAUAACCACGAGCGAUGCGCCGUCAGCGACCGACGACCGUGACUCUGACGGCCUCUGUACACCUAUUGAACCCCCCGGCCUGUCUAAGCCUGACGACACCACUCCGGUACAGAACGAAGAUCAGACCAGCUGCAUUUUUCAGAACGCUGAUGCUGCCUGUGCCGCCGUGGUUUCAAAGUCAUCCGAGCCAACCCCCACAGAGCCGUCCAACGACAUCUGCGACAUCAGUCCCAAACCAUCCGCUCGCGACUUCUCCUUGCAUGGUCUUCAAAGUCUUCGUUCCUUCAUCCCCGACGACCUCCUCCCAGAUGACCUCCUCGUAUACGACCGCGAGAACAUCACCAAGCUCUGCGACGAGCCCGACGUGCCGGUCCGCUACGUACGCAUCUUCCCUGAACUCCCGCGAGAGGGUGAUACACCGGACGGCGCGCACGAGGGCGCUCCGCCUCCCGGGCCCAAGCGCAUCGCGCAUCUCUACCUCACGAUCGUAAACAAGCUCGAGUCCACAGAGCACAGUACGGUCCGUGUCGCUGCGAAGACUGCGUUCUCCGUUUGCGGAGCGCAUGAUAUGCUGGAUCGGGAGGCCCAGGCUUACGACGCCUUCCCGCGAUAUCUCAUGGAGGAUCGUCCGGGUGAGCCAGCGGCGGUGCCUAAGUUCUUUGGCUACUAUGCUGCUGCGGAAGCGGACGGGAGUGUGAUCGAAAAAUGUCACCCUUCCUGCAAUGAGGACGACACCUGUCCGGUGCAGUGGCCGACGCACAUCCUCCUCGUCGAGGAAUGCGGUGUGCCUAUCAUUCCCUGUCACUACACUCGCAAACAGCGGGAGAGCUGCUUGGAGCUUGUCGAGCGUUUGCACGCCGCGGGUUUCUACCAGGGCUCAAUAUACGUCCGCAACAUUCUCGUCGAGGCUGGUCCGCUGUCUGUGCCUCCUGCGGAGCGGUCGCACGAGACACCUAGCUUCAGGAUCAUUGACUUUGGGCGUCGGGUGAUGAUGUCUCAGCAGAAUAAGUCUAGAUUUAGGAACUGGUGUGCGGACGAAAUUCGUAGGACGAAGCAUGAAUUGGCGCUGUCAUGA